UCUAUCAACAUGUGGAAAAUCAUUUUUACUUUUACCAUCAUCCUCGUCAAGGAAAUUAAUUCCUGCGGCAUCGCCCUUUCUCCACCUUGUGCCCUUCCACCGCCACCAGCUUGUGGACUACCCGCUCUUCCUGCUUUACCUGCUCUUCCUGCUUUACCUGCUCUUGCUGCCCUCCCACCUCUUCCUGCUCUUCCAGCUCUUUCUGCUCUCCCAGCUGCACCUGCUUUAGGCUGUGGACUUCCUGCACUUCCGGCUCUUCCAGCCCUUCCAGCUGCUCCAGCUUGUGCCCCACCCCCACUACCACUACUAGCUAUACUCCCAUUGCCAUUGCCAUUGCCAUUGCCUGCAGCACCUGCUGCUCCUCCAAAGUAGAUCUGUCUUCCAAUAAAACUCGCUCUUCCAACAUUUGUGCCAUUUGCUCUACUACCUUUGCCAGUCUAUUAAAGCAGUUAAUCUGAUUUUCCAUCAAAUUGGUUCCAAUUGUCACAGUAGUUGUUCUUAAAAUUUUGCUGAAAUAAAUGUUGUCACACCAG